GCGGCUGACGCAGGCGCGUCCGGCUGCCGCCCGCGGAGCCGUGCGAGAUGGCGGCGGUGUGAGGGGAAGAUGGAGCGGGUUCGGCCGGGGACGGGCACCGGGAGCCGCCGGCCCGCCGCUCACCCGGGGCUCGGGCCGUGCGGUUUAUCAUGUUGGAUGUUUGUCGUGCAACUUCCAGAAUGGUGUUGCCUGUAAUCGAUGGAUAAGUGCAAGCAUGUAGGGCGGCUUCGGCUUGCCCAGGAUCAUUCAAUAUUAAAUCCUCAGAAAUGGCAUUGUAUGGACUGCAAUACUACAGAGUCAAUGUGGGCAUGUCUCAGCUGUUCACAUGUUGCUUGUGGACGAUACAAUGAAGAACAUGCACUCAAACAUUUUCAGGAAAGUAAACACCCCGUGGCCUUGGAAGUAAAUGAACUAUAUGUGUUUUGUUAUAUAUGUGAUGACUAUGUGUUAAAUGACAAUGCCACAGGUGAUCUAAAACUAUUGAGGAGCACGUUAAGUGCAAUCAAGAGCCAAAACUAUGACUGUACAACCCGAAGUGGUAGGACGUUGCGAUCGAUGGCAGGUGGUGAUGACUCUUAUCUUUCUCGGGGGUGCACACAAGCACAGCUGCGAAAUGAAGAUAGGAUGUUCACUGCACUUUGGCAUCGGCGUAGAUCACUUAUGUCUAAAAUUUUCCAAUCUUGGUUUGCACUGACGUCCACGGGCAAACUAAGACUUGAAGAAGAGCGAUUAAAGGAGGAGGCUGAAAUUAAAAGAGAAGACGCCAGGAAAAGACGACGAGAGCUGAAACGGCAGCUGCACGAAGAGUUUCAAAGUUUGCCGCCACGUAAGAGUUCACGUAUAAAAGAACCCCCUCGUACAAAUGACCAACCAACUGAACGUACACCUGCAAAAUAUCCAGCAGUAACAGCUGGCCUUACUUCAGGUACAGUUAGAUUGAAAAAAAUUGGUGAUUCUCCUAUUAAGCGGAGGCCAACCGUCACGCCUGGUGUGACAGGACUGAGGAAUUUGGGUAAUACCUGCUAUAUGAACUCCAUUCUACAGGUGCUAAGUCACUUGCAAGUAUUCUGUGAGUGUUUCUUGGAUCUUGAUUUAAGUCAUUCCCAAGAUCUGCUGGCUGGUACAGCAAAUGGGAAAACCAGGUCUUCUAGCAAGCGAUACUUUGUUGGUGACAUCAAUUCAAGUGCAUCUCUGGAUGAGGAAAAGGGUUUGAGGCGACCCAGUUUCUCGGAAGGCUUAAGUGGGGGAGCAUCUCGGAGCCAAAAUAGGGAGCUCAUUCAACUAAAGGAGCCUAACUCGAAACAUAUUUCCCUAUGCCAUGAGCUCCAUACUCUCUUUCUGGUCAUGUGGUCUGGCAAAUGGGCAUUGGUAUCGCCCUUUUCUAUGUUACACUGUGUCUGGCGACUUAUUCCAACAUUCCGUGGAUAUGCCCAGCAGGAUGCUCAGGAGUUUCUCUGCGAGCUGUUGGAUAAAGUUCAGCAGGAGUUGGAAGCUGCAAGAACAAUGUAUACGCCAUCAAUUCCCAUAUCACAGCAAAAGCUAAUCAAAAGAGUUCUGAAUGUGAUUAACACCAUUUUCCAUGGGCAGCUGCUCAGUCAGGUUACAUGCCUUACUUGCGACAACAAAUCCAACACAAUUGAAUCCUUCUGGGACCUUUCUCUAGAAUUUCCUGAAAGAUACCACUGCAGUGGAAAAGAAGAUGCUUCCCAGUAUCCUUGCUUGUUGACGGAAAUGUUGGCAAAAUUCACAGAGACUGAGGCCUUGGAAGGGAAAAUUUAUGCCUGUGAACAAUGCAACAGGAAGCGCAGGAAGUCCUCCUCUAAACCAUUGAUCCUAACCGAAGCACAGAAGCAGCUAAUGAUCCACAAGCUACCUCAUGUUCUGCGUCUGCACCUCAAACGCUUUAGGUGGUCAGGUCGCAAUCACCGUGAGAAGAUAGGAGUCCACGCCAGCUUCGACCAGGUAUUAAAUAUGGAACCAUACUGCUGCAGAGAGUCAACUGGAGUUCUGGGGACCAAUUGCUUCAUAUAUGAUCUGGCUGCUGUGGUCAUGCAUCACGGAAAGGGCUUUGGCUCAGGACAUUAUACAGCAUAUUGCUACAAUACAGAUGGAGGAUUGUGGGUCCACUGCAAUGAUUCGACGGUGACGAUCUGUACUGUGGAUGAAGUUUGCAAAGCGCAGGCCUACAUCCUCUUCUAUAUUCGACGACUUCCUCACGGCAUUAAAGUACCAUCACCACCUGCCUCACCUGGUAAUAACUGAACACCAGCAACACAAUUACAGCUUGAAUACUCUGUUAUAAUUACCUUCUCAACACAAGCCCAGCCCAAGGAUUUUGUGGAUAUACAUUUUACUGAUGACUACACUGAUGUUGGGACUUCCCUUUUUGAACAAGUUCAUUCAUAGUUUUGUUGUGUGUUUUUUUUUCAAUCAAGAGAAUAUUUGCGUGUUGAAAUGAAUGCUUUCCAUUGCUUCACAUUAAAUAAUCUUCCUAUAAUAUGUACAUACAGGACAGCACUUAUAAUUUUCACAUUUGAUAAGUGGAAUUCAGUAGCUCACUAAUGGAGACCUCAUACAGUUGGACAGUUCAUUGGUGUAAGUGUUAAUAUUUCCAUUUUGUCUCUUAAAAAGAUCUGUUCACCAUUGAUUGAACACAACUGUUUCUACAAUGUUUUCAGAUUAAUUGUAUUAUAAUGGUCUUUGAUGUAGAAUGUGCAGUUAUCCUUGGUUUUAAAUCGCUAACAUUUUAUCUGCAAUGUUAAAAUCUUUUGUUGUACAUGCACUAUUUUUCCAUUAAUGGAAAUUCAAAGAAGUGACCCCUCUCCCAGAUGUCAAAAUGGAAAAGUAAUCUUUAGUUUUAUUUCUAGAUUAAAAGACAAUGUUAGUUAUGGUCCAGCUCAACAGCGCUCUGGUGAAAAUACUUUCGGAGAACUGUGUUCAAUUCUGGAUUCUGUAGCUUGGGAAGGCCUUGAAGAAAUUGCAGUAUAAGGUUUACUAUAGUAAAUAAACUGAAAGGGAUUAACUACAAGGGAGAUUAGAUAAAUGAGGGUUAUAUUUUUUUUGGAAGUUUGAAGGUAAAGAGUAAUUUAAUUGAAGUUUUCAAAAUAUUGAAGGGAACUGCUAGGAUAGAAGCGGAGAAACUAUUUCUGUCUAUUGACCAGUCCACAGCCAGGGAGCAGAUCCUAAAAAUUAUAACCAGUCCUUUCUAGAAGCAUUUCCCACAAGCAAAGGGCAGUAUUCGCGAGAUAAUUUCACUUAAUCCUUCUGGUCACUUAAAUGUGUGGGGGCGUGUAGUAAAAGCAGAAAAAUACUGGAAAAGCUCAGCUGGUCAGAACAUUAUUUCCAGCAUGUUCUGUUUUGAUUUGGGAGUUCCAGCAUCACUUUGGAGAGCUGUAAGACUCGCUCUUGCUAGAGAUUGUCAUUGUCUGAUGUUUAUCUGGCUCAAAUGUUACUUGUACCUCUUCAGCCCCACCUUGAAUAUUGUCCAGCUCUAGCUGCAUGAAGACAUGGGACUGAACCUUUUGAGGAAAUUGUGAAAGGUAUUUGACUGUAUCAUGGUGGUAGAGCUAUUGUGGAGGAGAACUUAAGUUCAAGAACUCUUGCAAUGACCUGGAGCUGAGAUGAUUGGCUGCCGACAGCCAUACUUAACAUUUUGUGGUUUAAGUGGACAAGGAGCUACCAGCUCCAGUUCAUUUGGAUAUGGUUCAACUCCUCAGAGAACUGGGGAUGGUCCUCUGCGUUGACGGGUUAAGAAUUGUGUGGAAUCCAAUCCUCCUGCUCCUGAUAGCCAUGGCCCCUCAGAUGUCUAGCUAUUCAUGCCAUUUUCCCUUUCAUCAUGCCGCCUUUGUCUUUGAACUGAUAUGUAGUGGUAAGAGGUUCUGGGCUGAUCUUACCAAGCAGAUAGAUAUAUCUAACUUAAUAAGCAAAAUGUUGACUGUGCAGUUUCAAUAUAUUGGAAUCCCACUGACCCACACCGACUCUGAACAUUUUCAUAAGUGUUUUACUUCAGCCAGGUGCUUGGUCUCACUUGUUGUCAGUGGAAAAUUCUGCACAUCCUCCCCAGAAAUAUCCCAAUUACCUGGAAAACAUUGGGAUGAAUCCUGAUGAAGGGUCUUGAGCCAAAACAUCGACUGUUCAUUUCCCUCCAUGGAUGCUGCCUGACCCACUGAGUUCCUCCAUCGUUUUGUGUGUUGCUUCAGAUUCCAGCAUCUGCGGUCUCCUGUGUCUCCAUUUUCUUAUUCCACUCUUCAAGGUGUGCCCCCUUUGAAGAACAGAGAGACGGCAGAUGCCAGAAAUCUGGAGCAACGAACACAAGAUGCUGGAGGAACUCAGCGGGUCAGGCAGCAUCUGUGGAAGGUAAUGAACAGUCGACGUUUCGGGCCGAGACCCUCCAUCAGGAUUCUGACCUCGGCCCCGGCUGCCUCCAGGCCGAGACCUCUCAUGCCGCUGCCGGGUCCUACUGCCCCUCCUCUUCCAUCAUUACUCCCCACCCACCCCUGGUGUCUCAAGCUGCCCCUUGUCCCCCUUUCACUUCUCUGAGCCCCCAUCUUCCUCCCACCCCACUUUUCCUGACCCCUCCAGCCCUCUACCCUCCCCUAACUCCAGCUCCAACCCCUGCCGUGUCUUCACCAUCCCCUCCGACCUUCCCCUCUCUGAGGCUGAACGUUCUGCCCUCAGCAGGGGCCUUACCUUUGUCCCCCUGCGCCCGCACCUUGGCGGGUUCCGUGCCCGCCACGUCGCCGAGCUCCUCUCCGUCUCCAGGCCUUUACUCAAAAAGUCCUGAAGAAGGAUCUCAGCCCGAAACAUCAGCUGUUCAUUUUCCUCCAGGGAUACUGCCUGACCUGCUAAGUUCCUCCAGCAUUUUGUGCUUGUUGCUUCUCCUCUCUUUGACGGGAGUUCUGUGAGACCCUCUCUCACUGCCUCCCUGUGAUCUCUACCGCUCUCCUGCUCUUCGACCAUUUUCUCACAUGGACCCACUCCCUCAGCCACGUGUCUUUCCUCCGUACUCGUCUUUGCCACGAUCUUGUCCCAUGUGACUUCCAGCUCCAUUUCCAGGCCUCCCAGUUCGGCCCCAGUCAGGAUCUCCUGGCAGUUUUCCCUUUGGGUCCUGCAUUCUAUCCUCUCCGCCAUGCGUGGAACCUGCUGGCCUCACUCUGCUCCAGCUCCAGGCCUCGCUUUCCCAAACUUGCUGCGGACUUCUCCUCCACUCCAUCCUCCACUGGAAGCGUGUCUUCAACCUGUGGUUCUCCUUCCGUGCAUCCACGAAGGAUCGCAAUCUCGCACACAUCCAGACUACAGCCCAUGAUGCUGCCGCUGGGUCCCACCGCUCUUCCCCUGCUACCAAUCGUGCCACAAACCUACCCCCCUCCCCCUUGAUCUCAUACCCCAUCCCCAACCCAUACACUGCCCCCAAUCCCUUGCCCUCCCCUCUCUUCCAAGUGUCUUGCCCCCAGCAUCCCACUGCCCUCUUCUGAUCCAUGCCUGACUCCUGCUCCAAGCUCUACAGAGUCUUCACCAUCCCCUCUGACGUCCCUCUCUCUGCUGCAGAGUAGUCUGUCCUCAGCAGAGGCCCCCGCACCCACAGCUCAAUGAGGUGCAGGCCUGUCAUGAUGUUGAGCUCUUCUGUAGCCCCUGUUUCUAGGCCUAUUUCUUUGGUAAGGAGACCUCGCCCCCCACUGAUGACCCUUUCUCCCAUCUUCUGGCCUUUUGCCCCUGCUCGACCUUUUCACUUCCAACUGCUGAUGCAACAGCAACUGUCCUGACUUCUCCACUCCCUCGCCCCAUCCGAACGUACUGCUCUCUGUGCCAAUCCCAACCCUGCCGUCAAACCUGCAGACAAGGGUAGUGCUGUUGUAGUCUGGUAAUUGACUUCUACCUCGAAGAGGCCUGACGGCAGCUCUUGUUCACCACCUCAUACCUACCCCUGGACUAGAACCCCACCAAUGAUCAUCAGACCACAGUCAUUUGAGCAAAUAUUUCUGCGCACAUUUAUCAUAUCCCUUCAUUAUCUUUACUUGAUUCAUCCAUUCAGUCUAAUCUUGAAUGUUAAGUUUCUGCUUCGCCUAUUGAAUGUGAAAAUGAAUUUCAUUCUUAGUGUUUCACUUUUCCUCUGAUCAAAAUCUCUUGCACUUUCCUGUGACCGCUCAUUCUGUAUUCCCCAACUUCUGGAAAAUUAAUGUUUUAUGUUUAUAAUUUAAAAACUCUUCCAUUUAGAACACAAAUUAUAAGAGAAAAACUUCAAUGCAUUGAAUAUUUUUUCUUUAAUCAACAUCUUGUUCUUUAAAUUGGAUUUAUCCAUCCUGCCAGCCUGUAAAAUUGGAUAGGAAUUGACACUGGUAUACAAUAUCCCUGUAUUUGACAGAUGCUGAUGUGUCCCACGACAAUAUAGUCUACUCAGUACUGGCUGAUGCCAACAUGUGGCCAUGUUAGAGCCAGGAGAAUGUUGCUGACAUGGUACAGUCAUUUACGGAAAGGUCUGAGGGAAACACAGUACAAACUAAAGGCAAUAACGAGAGCUGCAGCUUUUACUGAGACUUUCACCCAGUAUCCCAUCACCUUCAAUUAUUUAGCCUCGGGUGUUUACAAUAUAAAAUAAUGUAUAUUGUAUCAAUCCUGUUCUUUGCUCUUGACACCUAAAAGUAAUCCCACUACAUGCGUUUCCUUACGCCAUUCAUCUUCCUUUGCUUCAAUGUUGUUUCUGCACAGGGACAGUGAUUAAUGGCCUUUGCCUUAUGGGCUACCUUUCUGAUUUGGUUUUAUGCAGUUCUGUCUUUGCCUUGAAAUAACAAACCUGCAGUUAAGUGAGAAUAGUGUAUUCUGAUGAAAAUCCAGUGGGGAAAUUCUGAACUUGAAUGUAAUGUGCUGGAAGUGUACUUUAAGCAAAAUGUUGAAAUAAUAACAUUGUGCUUUAAUGUCGGGAAUCAUUUUGAAUAAUAUAACAAUUAGCAACUAAGAUAAAAACAGAAUCUGCAUCAUCAGAUUAGGCAGUGUCUGUGGACAUACUGCAUAAGCUGAUGGCUUUAGAAAGCAGAUUCUGUUAUUUUAAAUCUCCAGCAUUUAGAGUCAUACAAUUGUACAGCACAGAAACAGGCUCUUUGGUACUUGGUCUUGUAAAUUAUUGGUGACUGGGAUUAGUUUGGGAAGCCAGGGGGUCAUUUGAGAUGCCCAGUUCUUUAAAGUGCCCUUUCACUCUUGAACUAUGUUCAAAAUACUGGCUUCAUAGAAGGGAAUGAAAUUCUAUGAAUCCUGUGCGGGUCUCUGUGGCCACAUCAGUGAACACUUUUUGGGUAUUUUGGGUAAUUGUGCAAUAAAGUGUUUAGUGCCAGUGCAAAGUUAAUAAUGAAGAUAGCUUAUUCCUUUUUGUUCCAUGCUUCUCAUGUGCAGUGCCCAUCACAAAGUACCAGUCUGUUCACUGUUUCAUUUUUUGAAUUUGCAUCUUUCUGAAAGGAAAGCCAAAUCAUAAUUUGAACUAUAAAGCAUCUGUUUUGAUAGCUCUAAUUGGGCAAGGUUUCUAAGUCAGUGUGACAUUAUAUAUUUAUUGUAAGAACAUGUAAAAUUCACAGCUAGAAAAGAAUGAACGUCUAUGUUUUUUAAAUUUGUAUCAGGGUUCAAAAAAUGGAACCUUGUCAUAGGACAUUUAAUGUUUGAGUUUUGCUCUUGAUGUGAUUUUUCACUCUUACUGAUUCGUAUCUUUUGUCAAGUCUGCUUUGGAUCAUUAUUUCUACACCAUUGUCUUUCCUUUCUUCGAAGUCCUGCUCCAGGUACUGCCUGGUUUGAAUCUCCCCACACUUGUUGUGGCCUGACUGAUUUUUGAGCAGUCUGUUAAUCCUAGAUUAUUUUUCUCUCUCUCUAUCUCUCUCUCUCCGCCUUGUUACAUAGAUCUUUAUCUUCCACCCAGAGUGCCAAGGUGAGAUUUGGGAAUGAGUUCCAAAUUGUUGCAAAAUUGACUAUUAGGGCAGACGUUUAAAGCUGCUUCAUACCAAUAUUUUGACUUCCGAACUAGUAAUGGAUUUUUUUUACUGUGAGCACACUGGGAGUUCUAAAGCAUCAUGUUAUAUUGAAUAUUUGAUCAUGUCAUAAAUAAUUCAUGACAACCUGUUGUGUGGGUUUUUUGGUGUUCCAUUUAUCUUCUGCAGACUUGGCAAAGGCAAGAGUUGGUGUUUAUAAAGUUGCAUCAACCUUGCUAAUCUCAUGCUGUGUUUAUUGCUUGGAGCUGUAACUGUGCUACCAGUGGUCUGGUUGGUUUCUACAUAAACUCGGCUGUUGUUGAUAAUCCUUGUUCAUACUUCCUUAUGAAAUGACGUAGAAAGCCGUAUGGCCCAUUGAGGUCUAUGCCAGUUCUUGGAGCAAUUCCACUCCACCCUUUCCCCAACUUCCUUCUCUGUUGUCUUGUUACACCUAUUACCUUGCCCCAGUUCUCCUACCACCCAGCUACACUACGGGUAUUUUACAGUGACCAAUAAUCUAGCAACCAACGUGUCUUUUGGAAAUGGGUGGACCCCGUGGUAACCCACAGGGUCAUGGGGAGAACUUGCAAACUCCACAAACAGCACUGGAGGUCAGGAUUGAACCCUUGUCUCUAGAGCUGAGACAGCAGAACCUGCUAUGCCACUGUUUUGCAAUGAUGCUUUAAGAUUUUAAACUAUGGUGAGGAGAGGACUUAAUGUUGUCAGUUCUCAUUAAUGGGCUAUUGAAUUCUCUCCUCUCUGGGACCUUUGUGUGAUAUGCAUAUUCCAAUGUUGCUGAAAUUUAUUUUGAGCAGAAUACAGAGAAGUGAAUUUUUGAAUAUUUUUUCUAAAAUGUAUCUAAGAUGAGAGUUUAUCAUUUAAUAUGGUUGUGACAUAAAAUGAGAGAAUAAUGAAAAUGGGAAUAGAAUGUGUCUCAGAAGUUUUCUACAAUCAAAGUUUGGAUUCAAGGUUCUAUUUUUUUUAAAUAUGCAGAUAUAACAUGAAUUUUUGCAUAUAUGUGCAACUAGCUUCAAUUGACAAGUUGACCUAUAUCAUAGCAGCAUUUUAUACAAUAGAAAAAAAUAGCUUUUUACCUGACUUUGUUAAUAGAUGAAAUUAUUCAUUUUGCGGUUUGAAAAAUCUUGGUUGUCAUAAAGUAAUGCUAUGCAAAAUUGUUACCUCAACUUUAGAUACUUUACCUCAAUAAAAUUCUUAACUAAACACGACCUCCAGGUGUAAUUGUCAUUUAAAUUUCCAGAUAGAAAUUUUUGGUUUUCUGUAAGCUCUGUUGUAAUGUGAAUGCAAUGAAGUUGUGGCCUCCCAUGCACUACUUUCACAUCUCUGCUAUCAGAUCCAUUCACAGUCCCUGCUCUCCAUGCAUUGCAUACUUUAAGAAUAGUUGUGUACAUUUUUAAUUCUAAGUGAGUUCUUUUAAGUUGGGGUAGUGGUCUGUUGAAGAUUGCAUUGCCAUUUUUUGAUGAGAAGCAUUUCUAUCUCGGUUAACUACACAAUGCUGUUCAACUAUUUCCCAUGGACGUGUAAUUGGUGAAUAGGUUCUAUUAUGGAUAAAUGCAAGGUCAUGCACUUUAUUUGGUAGGAAAAAAUAAGGAAUUGAUUCUGUACUCCUUGGGGAAGGUGGGAGUGGGGAGUGACCAAGGCAGUCUAGGGGAUUAGUUCUGAAGUAACUAAAGACAAAUGAAUACAUUUACAAAUACUUAUGUAAUUUUUAGAUGUUUUAUUGCAGCUUCUGUUUUAGGAAGCCACUUAUUUAAACUGAUCAUUGGUCAUCUGCUGCAGCAGCAAGGGUUGUAUACAAUGGCAUAUAAUAUUAAUAGUAGCACUUGGGUUCCAACUGAAAUGUCCCACUUAAGAGUUACUUGACCUCUGUUUCAAUCUAGUAGACAUAAAUUCACAUGAAAUGGUUCUUCCCCAUUUCUAUUACCAAGGCCUUUCUACUUAAAGAUUGACCACAUUUAAAUUUGCUAGGGGCAAUGAACAUAUUGAAUAAGCAGCAAAAUGAACAAACUUUGCCAUCCCAGUUACUUCAGGCUUUCACUAUAAGAAUUAUGAAUUCUGUGUUGUUCAGCUCUGUUGGGGAAGGAUAAUCUUAGUCUACUUGACUGCAUCAAUUUCAGGGUUUUUAAAAGCAGAUACCCACAAAACUUGACACGCUAAUUGUAUAUGACCAUUACCUUGUGGUAUGACACUAUACGUCAGAGCCAACAGAAUGUUUUCUACUAAGGGAAGCCAUUCUCAAACUCGAGUACUUACAGCAACACUAAAGAAAUCUGGACAUUACAGUAAGAAUUGUUCAUUGACCUAGAGGGGUAAGCAAUCUUUCAAAGAUCUCUAAUCACAAUGAUGGAAAAACAUUAAGAGCUCUACCAUUUUAUUUUAAAAGAUAAACAGUUAAGUAAAAGUGAAAUUAACUUUGCAAAAAGGCUGAUUUUUAAAAAGCAUGCACUUCCAGAGGAUAAAGGGUGAGAUAGUUAAGGGGUGAGAACGUUUGUGAUAAUAUCCAUGUUGCAAUAAGUGAAUCAGUGACUUUGGGGGAAAAGAGUUUAUAGCACAAAAAUAUAUUGAUGUGAAAGAACCUUGAGCUCUCUGUUGUACCAUAGAGUGCUGAACAAUGUUUGCAGUCAUUUUAUUGGUGCAAUGAAUAGCUUAAGUUGUUUACAGGUGGACUGAUCCAAAUGCAAUCUCGAGUCAACUGAGCAUGAAAUUCAAAUGCCUUAUUGCUGCUGCUGAUGAUUUUGUGGUGUCUCAGCCAAAGGAGGUAAAAACAAAGGAAAGUCAGCUGAGGUUUUGGCACCUGCAUCUUUCAAACUUGUCAGCUGCAAGUUGUACAAUUAUUUUGCUUUAAUAUUCCAGGUGCAGGUUCACCAUUAACAAAUGUUUUACUCAUUUUAUGGGCAGAAAGCUUCCUUGAACACACAGGCUGUAGAUGGUGUUGAUGGAGGGAUAUGACAAUGACGUGAUGGGGUCAGCAACAGAAGUCAACCUGAGUGAGCCAGAGGAGGAACUGGCAUGGCAGCUAGGGGAACAGGAGGGUGCUCUGUGUGUGGUUGAAGGAGUUGCCCGACCAUAACUAAAUUCAGUUCAUGACUACUCCACCUCCAGGCCCCUCUGGUUCUGCCACAUUGCACUCAUUACCUUUUCAAAUACAGAAACUAUGCAAAUGCCAGUGGAACAAAAUGUGAUACUGCAUACAAACUGGCUGGUUGGAGCUAGAGUCUCACAUGGUUAGACAUGGCCCAGUCUGUCAGGGAAGAAACCCCUAUGUUAAUACUAAAGAGUGAUGCAAGCAUUGGUGGAUCAACAUGAUAGCCACCCAUCUUUAAUUGCAAGGCAGCAACAGACUUCAGCUUGUCUUGAUAAUUAUGUGGUUAUAACUCCACAGAACAUAAGAGAUUCCACUCAUUAUCGCCGUCAGCCACCAUUAUUCAGUUUGCCCAGCGAAGAUAAAUUUAUGUAAUUGCAGUCGGCUACUAUAAAGCAGGUCCACUGGAAGCAUCAAUAUGACUGGAGGUAUUUGACGCACAAUGGCCCACUACUCUUGAACCAGCAAUUUAACAGAUGCUUCUAACAAUCUGCACCAGCAGAAACUAACUCCAAUAUUCUCAGCUGACAGCAAUAGCUAUGCCACACAAUCAUAAUUUUUGCACAAGGGUCAGAUUAUGGAGAUGGGGAAAGCAAAGGCGGCUCUUGGGUCCCAUCUCUUGCAGAAGUCUAUCCCCUUUUUAAACCUACCUCUCUAGCAGCGCUCAGGCAUUGGGACAGUCCCUCUCCUGUUUGUAUUUUGACAUUCUUGAAAUAGUUUUGCCAUAAAUAAUGAUCACAUGAAAACUAAAUAGAGAAAUAGUUGCCCUGAGCCUGAUCUGUCAUUCACUAAGAUCUUGGUUGAUCCAAGUUUGGCCUCAACAUGACUUUCUCCCCCAACCCUUUUUAGUUUAAGUGUCAAUCUGUAUUGAAUAUAUUGUGACUCCUACUCCAUAACUCUUGAGAAGAGAAUUCCAGAGAUCCUUCAUCCCAGGAAUCAAUCUAGUGACUCCUCUCUGCAACACCUCCAGUAAAGUACAUCCUUCCAUAUGGAGGCUAAAACCACACAGAACUCCAAAUUUUUAAAAAAAAAUCACAUUAUAACUGACUACUAUAGCAUUCUUACCUGCUUAGCUCCCUUAUUAUAUUGAAAGAUAGCCUCUCUUGAUACACCAGGGCAACUAAACAUUCAUGAUGUGCUAACUCACCUGUGGCCCAACUAUUCCAUGCAAAAUUUAUAGCAAUACAGCAGAAGGGAAAAAAGGCAUUUUGUCUCAUUGCAUAUCACAAAUGCAAAAAUAUGAAACAUUCUGACAACAUAAAAAGCCUGAGACCCCCAGCCAAGAUUCUUUCAAGUUUCCUUCUGGUCAAAGCUUGGCCUCAUACAAAUUUUAAAUGCCAACAAAGCAAUCCUACCAUCUCAAACUCUUCCAUAUUCUUCUUCUCAAUAAGGGAACCAGUUCUAACAGCUACCCACCCCAAACAGCAUAAAGUCUGAAUUAUAUUCUCAAAUCUCUGGGGUAGGGUUUGAACUUUCAACCUUCUAAUUUAGAGUUCACUAUCUAAUGAGCCACUGCUGGGCAAGGUCUAAAAGAUAAUGAAAAUACCUGUGCCAGAGGAGUGACUUCUUCUACAAACUGAAUAGAAACAUGUGUCAACAUGAACUACACAUUAAUGUGUUACAUGGAACCACAAAAGCCCAUAUCUUAAGAACGAAUCCCCCAAUAAAAGAUUGUGAAGUACAGAAAGGCUACAGAUUAAUCCGUUCUCUUGCUUCACUUAUUCGACUCCAAGUGCAGACUGCAAAGACCUGACAACUUUUUCCCUACAGAAUGUGAAAGUUCACACAACCCUCACUUAAAUUAAAAUCCUUUUAAACUGCCCUAACAUUUAACUAGUGCUUAUAAAUACCAACUUCAAACUCCCAAUACUUCAUAAUUGCAUCCAUCUCAGAGUAUUAGACAUCUCAGACUAUUUAAAGGUUCCCUUAUACAAUGAGAUGGACUAUGACCUCAACCCACCUUGUGACCUUGCACCUUAUUGCACUGAACUUUCUCUGUAGCUGUGACACUUUAUACUGUUAUUGUUUUGACCUGUACUACCUCAAUGCACUCUGUACUAACCCAAUGUAACUGCACUGUGUAAUGAAUUGACCUGUACGAUCGGUUUGCAAGACAAGUUUUUCACUGUACCUCAGUACAAGUGACAGUAAUAAACCAAUACCAAUAGACUUGACCUUUUUCAGUGGUCUAGACCAGCCUCUUGCACAACCUUGGCCAUUGCACUACAGUCCAAAGCCCAAGCUAGAGUUGGUGGCAGUGAAACCACUCAAGAGCUAAACUUCUUCAAACCAACAGGAAUUGGACUGGUGAGUUACAGAUCUCACUCUUGCCAUAUGAACAGGUUGCAAAUUAGUUAGGAGGUGCCAAUCCAGCCCGAGGUGGUAAUUUGCUUUGGAGCAUUUGUAUUUGUGAACAAAUUACUUAUUAAAAACAAAACAAUUCUGAUCAAUGACAAAACCGAGUUCCUGUAUUUCCUUCUCCUCCAUCAUUCCACCUUCCACAUAAGAUGUUAAGUCGGCAAAGGUCACUCACUGUGGAAGUUAAUCUUUAUUUCCAUUAAAUUGUUUGCCAGGGAAUUUAGAAGACAAUUGAGAGUGCAGGUACUGACGUGACAGUAAUAUUCAACACACUCUUUAGGUAAAAAGGAGCUUCUGGGAAAUAUUAGUAGAACUUUCUGCUAGAGACGAGUUUCUACAACAAGCAGCAUCCCACACUCCUGAA